CAAAAGCUGAAGAAAACUUAACCAGGAAUUCAGGAUUUAAAUACAUUAUAAAAAUUUCAAUUCUAUAUGCAUUGAGAAACGCUUAGGUUGUGCUGUGCAUGUUAAAUAAUCUCAUCACCUACAGGGAGCAUGUAAAAGUCCACUUUUUUUGCUCAACAUAAGCGUGAGGACCACACUUUGAACAAAACAAGAUUCCAAAUUUCCAACCCAACGCACUUUUGCUUCAGUGUUUGCGUACCAACCUUCCCAAUAUAACAAAUCUCACAUAAUAAUAGUCUUCACCCAUUUCCCCUUAACUUUCAAUUUCAACACACACAAAAAGAAAAGAAGAAAUUUUCUAUAUGCCCACAUCUUCAGAACCCAGUGAGGAAAUGGCCUUAAACAACAAGAGCAAGAAACCCAUUUCCCGUUCAAAUUUCAUUUUCUUCACAACCCUUUUCUUCAUUGUCCUCUUCACUAUACCAGCUCUUUUCCUUCUUCACACCCCUAUUACUUCUUCUAUAUGCACCCCCUUUAUUUCCCCAAAAACCAAAACUUGGUCAGGUGAUCUUACAUUAGCUGAAUUUUCAUGGAACAAGCUUCAAUUUUUUCCAAACAAAUCACCACUUUCACCUCUCAAAAUUGCUGUUUUCACUAGAAAAUGGCCUACUGGUACAACCCCAGGUGGCAUGGAACGCCAUGCUUACACUCUUCACACUGCUUUAGCUCAACGUGGCCAUAAAGUUCACAUAUUUACAUCACCCCAAGAUGGACAAAGUUCAAUAAAAAAUCAACAAGGUAGCCCUUUUAUCCAUUUUCAUGAAGGUGAGUUUGACAAGUGGAGAUACAAUAAAGCAUGGGAACAAUAUGAAAACGAGAACAAAAAAGAACCUUUUGAUGUUAUUCAUUCAGAAAGUGUUGCACUUCCUCAUUAUGUAGCUAGGAACCUUUCAAACCUUGCAGUUUCUUGGCAUGGAAUAGCACUUGAGAGUUUGCAAUCAAGCAUUUUCCAGGACUUAGCUAGAAGACCUGAUGAACCCAUUUCCCCUUUUUUCAAUAAAGACUUAGAGGGUGUUGUUCCUAAGGUAAUCAAUGAGAUAAGAUUCUUCAAAAGUUAUGCUCAUCAUGUUGCUAUUAGUGAUAGUUGUGGUGAUAUGCUAAGGGAUUUCUAUCAGAUUCCUACAAGAAGAGUUCAUGUAAUUGUUAAUGGGGUUGAUGAGGAUGAGUUUGGAGAAGAUGUUGAAUUGGGAAUGGAGUUUAGAACCAAAAUUAGGAUUCCAAGGAAUGCAAGUUUGGUGCUUGGUGUGGCUGGGAGAUUAGUUAAAGACAAAGGUCAUCCUCUACUUCAUGAAGCAUAUUCUAGGCUAAUCACAAAACACCCUAAUGUGUAUUUGAUUAUUGCUGGUUCAGGACCAUGGGAGAACAGGUACAAGGAUUUAGGAAACCAGGUUCUUGUUUUGGGAUCAAUGAGUCCUUCUAUGUUGAGAGCAUUUUAUAAUGCUAUUGAUAUUUUUGUUAAUCCUACACUUAGGCCACAAGGGCUUGACCUUACUUUGAUGGAGGCUAUGAUGAGUGGGAAGCCUCUUUUGGCUUCAAGGUUUCCAAGCAUUAAAGGUACUCUUGUGGUUGAUGAUGAGUAUGGUUUCAUGUUCUCUCCUAAUGUAGAGUCUUUGCUUGAGGCACUUGAGAUGGUGGUGAAGGAAGGACCAGAGAGGCUAGCUAGGAGGGGAAAGGCUUGCCAUGAAUAUGCUGCUACUAUGUUUACAGCAAAAAAGAUGGCAUUAGCAUAUGAGAGGUUGUUUCUAUGUAUAAAAGAUCCUAUAUUUUGUAUCUACCCUUGAGGCUUAGGAUAGAAACACUUUUUAUUUUUUUUCUUACAUAUAUUUUUCAUUUUUUUAAAUAGAUAAUAAAGAUGAUGAAAUCAGAGGGUAAUUUUAGUAAUGCAUCUCUGUUUGGAGAUUCUAAGGAUGCAAUUGUGAUUUGUGAAUCUAUACAUGCCUCAAUCAUAGCAAGUGAUGAAUAAUAAGAAUUAAUUCUCUUAA